AUGAAGCUUUGGAUUUUUUUUCUAUGGUCAAUUGUGGUUGCAUCUGAUCCUUUCCAGUCACAGCCUUCUUUUUCUACAGUCAGAGGUUCUUGUCAGAGUCUGUGUUCCUGUGAAGAAAAGGAUGACACCAUGAUUAUCAACUGUGACAAAAGAGACAUCAAGAUGAUAUCAGAAAUAAAUGUCCCACCAUCACGGCCUUUCCAUCUUAAUCUGUUAAACAAUGGUCUGAGUAUGUUACACGUGAAUGAUUUUGCUGGCCUUGUUAAUGCUGUUUCUCUGCAUCUUGGUUUUAACAAUAUAGCAGAUAUUGAGCCUGGGGCUUUCAAUGGUCUCAGCCUUCUUAAGCAACUUCAUAUCAAUCACAAUUCUUUGGAAACACUUAAAGAGGAUACGUUUAAUGGAUUGGAAAAUUUGGAAUUUCUUCAAGCAGACAACAAUUUCAUCACAGUGAUUGAAGCAAGUGCCUUCAGCAAGCUCAACAGGCUUAAAGUGCUUAUUUUGAAUGAUAAUGCCAUUGAGUAUCUUCCUCCAAACAUAUUUCGUUUUGUGCCAUUGACCCAUUUAGAUCUGCGUGGAAACCAGUUGCAGACACUGCCCUAUGUUGGCUUUUUGGAACACAUUGGAAGAAUACUAGACCUUCAGUUGGAAGACAAUAAAUGGGCCUGUAACUGUGAUUUGUUGCAGCUGAAGAUAUGGCUAGAAAACAUGCCUCCUCAAUCCAUAAUAGGGGAUGUUGUAUGCAACAGUCCUUCAGUUAUCAAAGGCAGCAUAUUAAGCCGGCUGAAAAAAGAAUCACUUUGUCCCACCCAUCCUGCUAAUGAACUUGAAGAUCCUUCAGGGUCACUGCCCUUGGUUGUAACCACCUCUAUCAGUGACAACCAUCUAUCAACUAAGGUGAUUCCUCUCCUGAAAGCUCCUACUAAAGAACCAAGUUUUGUGCUUCAUACUUCCAAGCCUACUACGUUUCCAGUAAUCUCUUGUCCUGUCCCUUGUCACUGCACCAGCCAUAUGCUCUCAGGAGUUCUUAUGCACUGCCAGGAGCGAAAUAUUGAAAGCUUGUCUGAUUUAGGACCCCCUCCUCCAAAUCCUAAAAAGCUUAUCCUAGCUGGAAAUAUUAUUCAGACACUCUUGAAAUCAGAUCUUGUGGACUAUGCCAGCCUGGAAAUGCUUCACCUGGGGAACAAUCGCAUUGAGAUCCUUGAGGAAGGCUCCUUUAUGAAUCUGACUAAACUACAGAAACUGUAUCUCAAUGGGAAUCAUCUUACAAAGCUAAGUCAGAAUCUCUUCCUUGGCCUUCAGCACCUUGAGUACUUGUACCUUGAAUAUAAUGCCAUCAAAGAAGUUUUACCAGGGACAUUUAAUGUAAUGCCAAAACUGAAAGUCCUCUACCUAAAUAACAACCUUUUGCAGGCUUUGCCACCCCAUAUCUUUUCAGGUGUUCCCCUCACCAGAUUAAAUUUGAAAACAAACCAAUUUGCUCAUUUGCCAGUGAGCAAUGUAUUGGAUGAACUGGAUAUGCUGGUACAAAUUGAACUUGAAGACAACCCUUGGGACUGUACUUGUGAUUCAGUUGGACUGCAAAAAUGGAUACAAAAAUUGAGUAAGAAUACCAUGAUGGGUGAUAUUUUUUGUAAAUCUCCUGGGCACUUAGCAAAAAAAGAAUUGAAAUCCCUAAACAGUGAAGUUUUGUGUCCAGGUUUAAUAAACAGCCCUGCCCUACCAACUCAUGCCAGUUUUGUAGUUGUGACAACUUCUUCUCCUACUGCCAACACUGCAGACACCAUCCUGAGGUCCCUCACAGAUGCUGUCCCACUUUCUGUUCUAAUAUUAGGACUGCUCAUUGUGUUUAUAACUAUUGUAUUUUGUGCAGCAGGAAUAGUUGUUCUUGUUCUACACCGGCGCCGAAGAUACAAGAAGAAACAAGCGGAUGAGCAAGUGAGGGACAGCAGCCCUGUCCACCUUCAGUACAGCAUGUACGGGCAUAAGACAACACACCACACCACAGAGCGCCCAGCUGCCACUCUCUAUGAGCAGCGAAUAGUUACCCCCAUGGUUCAGGUGUACCACAGCCCGUCCUUCAGCCCCAAGCAUACCGAGCAGCAACAGGAGGAGGGAAGUGAGAAGGAAGCUAAUGAUUCCAAAUAUCUUCGCCGAAGUCUCCUGGAAAGAGAGAACAGUUCACCACUUACAGGUCCAAAUGUCAAAUACAAGGCUACAGAUCAAUCUGCUGAAUUUCUGUCUUUUCAGGAUGCUAGCUGUUUGUAUAGAAACAUUCUUGAAAAAGAGAGAGAACUGCAGCAACUAGGGAUCACAGAGUAUCUAAGAAAAAAUAUUGUCCAGCUCCAGCCAGAUAUGGAAGUUUGUUAUCCUGGAACACAUGAAGAGUUGAAGCUAAUGGAGACACUCAUGUACUCCAGGCCAAGAAAGGUUUUUCUAGAACAAACUAAAAAUGAGUAUUUUGAGCUCAAGGCUAAUUUACAUGCUGAGCCUGACUAUCUGGAAGUCCUGGAGCAGCAAACGUGA